AGGAGCCGCAGCGAUGCCGGCCGUGAGCCUCCCGCCCAAGGAGAACGCGCUCUUCAAGCGGAUCCUGAGAUGUUAUGAACAUAAACAGUAUAGAAAUGGGCUGAAAUUCUGCAAACAGAUACUCUCUAACCCCAAAUUUGCAGAGCAUGGAGAGACCCUGGCUAUGAAAGGACUAACGUUGAACUGUUUGGGAAAAAAGGAAGAAGCUUAUGAAUUGGUUCGUAGAGGUUUGAGAAAUGACUUGAAGAGUCAUGUAUGUUGGCAUGUUUAUGGUCUUCUCCAGAGGUCAGACAAGAAGUAUGAUGAAGCCAUUAAGUGUUACAGAAACGCGCUAAAAUGGGAUAAAGACAAUCUUCAAAUCUUAAGGGACCUUUCUUUACUACAGAUUCAGAUGCGGGAUCUAGAGGGUUACAGGGAAACGAGAUAUCAGUUACUUCAGCUUCGACCUGCACAGCGAGCAUCGUGGAUUGGUUACGCUAUUGCAUAUCAUUUAUUAGAAGAUUAUGAAAUGGCAGCAAAGAUUUUAGAAGAAUUUAGGAAAACACAGCAGACAUCCCCUGAUAAAGUGGAUUAUGAAUAUAGUGAACUACUUUUAUAUCAGAAUCAAGUUCUUCGGGAAGCUGGUCUCUAUAGAGAAGCUCUGGAACAUCUUUGUACCUAUGAAAAACAAAUUUGUGAUAAACUUGCUGUAGAGGAAACCAAAGGGGAACUUCUGUUGCAAUUAUGUCGUUUGGAAGAUGCAGCUGAUGUUUAUAGAGGAUUACAAGAGAGAAAUCCUGAAAACUGGGCCUAUUAUAAAGGCUUGGAAAAAGCACUGAAACCAGCCAACAUGUUAGAACGACUAAAAAUUUACGAAGAGGCUUGGACGAAGUAUCCCAGGGGACUGGUGCCCAGGAGGCUCCCCUUAAACUUUCUGUCCGGUGAGAAGUUUAAAGAGUGUUUGGACAAGUUCCUCAGGAUGAACUUCAGCAAAGGCUGUCCACCUGUCUUUAAUACACUAAGGUCUUUAUACAAAGAUAAAGAAAAGGUGGUAAUCAUAGAAGAACUAGUAGUAAGUUAUGAAACUUCCCUAAAAAGUUGCCGGUUAUUUAAUCCCAAUGAUGAUGGGAAAGAGGAACCACCUACUACAUUACUUUGGGUGCAGUACUACUUGGCGCAGCAUUAUGACAAGAUAGGCCAGCCGUCCAUCGCGCUCGAGUAUAUCAACACGGCCAUCGAGAGCACGCCCACCCUCAUCGAGCUCUUCCUUGUCAAAGCCAAGAUCUAUAAGCAUGCUGGAAAUAUUAAAGAAGCUGCAAGGUGGAUGGAUGAGGCCCAGGCCUUGGACACAGCAGAUAGAUUUAUCAACUCCAAGUGUGCAAAGUACAUGCUGAAAGCCAAUCUGAUCAAAGAGGCUGAAGAGAUGUGCUCCAAGUUCACAAGGGAAGGAACAUCCGCCGUAGAGAAUCUGAAUGAAAUGCAGUGCAUGUGGUUCCAGACUGAGUGUGCCCAGGCUUACAAGACAAUGAACAAAUUCGGAGAAGCACUUAAGAAAUGCCAUGAGAUCGAGAGACACUUUAUAGAGAUCACCGAUGACCAGUUUGACUUUCACACAUACUGUAUGAGGAAGAUCACCCUUCGGUCCUAUGUGGACUUACUAAAACUAGAAGAUGUGCUUCGGCAGCAUCCAUUUUACUUCAAGGCAGCAAGAAUUGCUAUUGAGAUCUACUUAAAGCUACACGAUAACCCCCUCACAGAUGAGAACAAGGAGCAUGAAGCUGACACUGCAAACAUGUCUGACAAAGAGUUAAAGAAGCUACGUAAUAAACAGAGAAGAGCUCAAAAGAAAGCCCAGAUAGAAGAGGAGAAAAAAAAUGCUGAAAAAGAAAAACAGCAGAGAAAUCAGAAAAAGAAGAAAGAUGAUGAUGACGAGGAAAUUGGAGGUCCCAAAGAAGAACUCAUCCCCGAGAAGCUGGCCAAGGUUGAAACGCCAUUGGAAGAAGCUAUUAAAUUUUUAACACCUUUGAAGAACUUGGUGAAGAACAAAAUAGAAACUCAUCUUUUUGCCUUUGAGAUCUACUUUAGGAAAGAGAAAUUUCUUCUGAUGCUACAGUCAGUAAAGAGGGCAUUUGCUAUUGACUCCAGUCAUCCUUGGCUUCAUGAGUGCAUGAUUCGACUCUUUAGUACUGCAGUAUGUGAAAGUAAGGAUUUACCUGAUACAGUUAGAACAGUAUUAAAACAAGAAAUGAAUCGUCUUUUUGGAGCAACGAAUCCAAAGAAUUUUAAUGAAACUUUUCUGAAAAGGAAUUCUGAUUCCUUGCCACACAGAUUAUCAGCUGCCAAAAUGGUAUUUUAUUUAGAUUCUUCUAGUCAGAAGCGAGCUAUAGAAUUGGCAACAACGCUUGAUGAAUCCCUCACUAACAGAAAUCUACAGACAUGUCUGGAGGUCUUAGAAGCCUUGUGCAACGGGAGCCUUGGAGACUGUAAAGAAGCUGCAGAAGCGUAUCGAGCGAAUUGCCAUAAGCUCUUCCCUUAUGCUUUGGCUUUUCUGCCGCCUGGGUGCGAGGAGGACCUGAAGAUCACAGUGAACGGGGAUAGUUGUGCGGAGACAGAAGAACUGGCCAACGAGAUCUGAACAUCGCUGAACAAGAAAACAUAAUGACUUGGACCAUAUCUAGUGUAUAAUAUUUUUGUCACGCACCUGCUGCAUUGCUCUAACUUACACAGAAUGAGAAGAGUAAAUGUUCAUGCCUUCAAAUAGUGUUUUACGUUUUUUUAUCCUGCUGAAAAGUAUAUAUAAAAUAUCUAACAUAUUACAGGAUCUAGGUUCAGUUUCUUAAACAAUUAAAAGCUGCUAAAAUUGAGGGAUUACAAAAAGACACCUUGUCCUAUUCCUACCUACCCACCCAUGUUUUUAAAACUAAUUUAUAUAAAAUCUGGAGGCUGUUACAGCUAACAAAGCAGGUGUGUGGCAGAAAUAUUACUUAAAAUUUGUCUUGUGAGAUUUUACUCUUAUCUCAGACAGCGUGACUGCUGUUUUAGCACUGGAUUCUUUCACUGAGCACAAAGAGUUGUUGGGGCUUUAGCAUCUGACUGAUUUUGUUACGGGAUCGUGACCGUAAGCGCAAUGUGAAUCACUAGAUCAUGGUGCCCACAGCAGACACUUGCUGGGGCCGAGGCUGGGACAUAGCGAUGCCAGCAGAGUUAGAAGAAACCCAGAGGGUGUUCAGUAACGCUUGUUGUGUCUCCCAAAUUCACUGUACAUUAUCAGUUUGGUGUUCUUGUACCACAGUUUUUAACUGAAGGAACCAGUUGGAACAAUCUCAAUUUUAACUCAAACUUGAAGAACUAAAAUAACAAUGCAAACCUUCAGCGUUGUUUGGCCAAACUUGUUAAAACUGUAAUGCAAGAACCAAAUGCACUGUGAUGUGGCACCAACUAAUUAGCAAGCAUGAAUUUUUUUCACCCAAGAGUGAAAAAGAAAAUCGACCAUGGCUUGAAGUUCAAGAGCAGAACUCCUGACUACCAUUCUCUGACUGAUGAUCAAGAGACUAAUAGUUAAAAACCUCGGCAGGCCUUGUUCACGAUAUGCAGAAAAAAAAGUGCUGCAGUUUAGAUACCUCUGGAAUUUUUCCACAGUGUCACAGGUUUGUAAUACUUGAAGCCCUACAUUUCUAAGAAUAUAUUUCUUGCUCAGUUAUUUCAGGCAAGCCCAAGACUUUGUAAUUUUUAAAGGGCCCAAGAUUUUUUUUUCAAUAACAGACCAGCUUCUUUUUUCCUGCAGUUACAGAUGUAAUUUCCUUUUUGUUGUCAAACAUAAGGUACCAAAUAUGAUGCAAUAAAUUGUUUUGAAAAACGGUGUGAAUUUUCAACUACUCUGUUGGGCUUCUGUGAGAAUACACAGGUGGAAACAGAGGUGAAAGCAGGCUGGAAGGCAAGUGUAGACUGGAGCCUUGUUUAUGCCAAGAGCUGGGGCUGGGGUAUCCCAGAAGGCAAGUGUAGGGCUGGUUCUGCUUUAGGCGGUCAUGGAAGGAGGCCAGGGAAACAGCAGGUAUAAUGAAUGUAGUUUCUGAUUGGAGUAGAAAACUUGCAGUCUGCUCUUUGGAUCAAGAAAAUGAAACAUCAUCUGCUAAUCCUGUAUAUUGAGAACUAGCCUCAGGCUCAAUUUUCUCAACAUUUGCAAGCUCUCAGCAAAUUGGAUGUAAGUAAAGUGUGAGCCAGUUAUGUAUAUAAUUGACCAUUUUGUGGUACUUUUCAUUUAUAGGAAGUAGAUUCUAAAGGGCAGUUCAGCAGCCCCAAGCUUGGCUGGUUGCCAUGGUAUGCUCAGCGCUGUCUGCCCCGCACAUGGCCUGCAGCCCUUCAUUCUAGGCCGCACAGAGAAGGCCAAGCCGAAUCCCAGAACUCUGUGCUCUUACUAACUGGCCCUGUCUCAGGAACAUCUCCAUAGAUGGCAAAACAAGCUUUUGGAGACCUGUGUGGCGAUUGCUGUGCUGUUGUGGGAAGAACCUAGUGCUACCUCUGGCCACUGAUGAGGGCUUUGGAGGAGGCACCUGCCACCUAAUGGGCUCUGUGUGUGUGAAUUCUGUUUAAACUCUACUGUAUAUGGCAUUGGAACUCUAUUUGUCUUGACAAUGUUCACACGAUGUAGAUUGUCUUAGAACGAAUUUCUUUAAGUCUUCGAACUCAGCGCGGGUGCCAGCCGUGAGGAGCUCAAUUCCUAACAUGUAUAUUGUAUCCUAUCCCGACUUUACUGGAACUAUUGAAUAAAUAUUUUAUUUUCUUCCAGGUUUAA